AUGGGUCUUUGGGUGUCGGGUGAUUGCCUACGAUCACCGGAAACCACCGGCCACCGUGGUCGGUGGCGACUGACAGUCCGUAUUUCUGGAUCUAAGACCAUCCAGCCGUUAAAUGUGGCAACGGUUGUUGCUGUAAAUAAUAGUGUGCUCUCGGAAUCAAUUGAAGAUAAUGAAGAAAAUUGCCAAGAUAAUGAGGAAAAUUGUCAAGAUAAUGAGGGUCCAUUAAACAAUGAAGUAGCAGGAAAACAUAGUGAUCUUGUCCCUGAAGUUGGAAUGAAGUUCAAUGAUGAGAAUGAAAUUUAUGAAUUUUACAAGAGAUACGCUUACCAUGUUGGUUUUCCAAUAAAAAAAAGGAAUUCGAAAAAGGAUGAAGAUGGGAUGGUAAUAUAUGUUGUCUAUGCAUGUAGCCGAGAAGGCAAAAGAACUAGUCAAGCUAGCACAUCUCUCAAGCCUAAAGCAACUAUUCGUGUAGGGUGUAAAGCUAAGAUCACAGUCAUAUUAGUUGUUUUAGGAACUUGGCGAAUAAGCACCGUCCACCUUGAGCAUAACCAUGAAACAAGUCCAAGCAAAUCUAGUUAUAACUCAGCUGUUGUUGAGGCUGGUGGGUAUGAGAACCUUACGUUUGUGGAAAAUGAUUGUAGAAAUUACAUUGAUAAGGUGAGGAAGUUAAGACUUGGGGAAGGAGAUGCUGCUUCGAUUCAAGCGUAUUUUUCGAAAAUGCAAGCCCUUUGUCCGGGUUUCUACUUCAGUGUCGACUUGGACGAAGAUUCUCGAUUGAGAAACAUAUUCUGGGCAGAUAAUAGGUGUAGACAAGUGUAUAAGGAAUUUGACGAUGUUGUGACAUUCGACACGACAUACCUAACCAAUAGGUACGACAUGCCAUUUGCUCCGUUUGUUGGUGUUAAUCACCAUGGGCAAUCGACAUUGUUUGGAUGUGGUUUACUUUCGAACGAGGACACUAGGACUUUUGUGUGGUUGUUUAGGACAUGGCUUCAAUGCAUGGAGGAUCAGGCUCCCACUGGAAUAAUCACUGACCAGGAUAGGGCUAUGCAAAACGCAAUUGAGAUAGUUUUCCCUAACACAAAGCACAGAUGGUGUUUGUGGCAUAUACUAAAGAAGUUACCAGAAAAGUUUGGGAACCAUAGUUGCAAGGCUUCAAUUCUUUUGGCCAUACAUGACGUGGUGUACGAAUCACAUAGUCUUGAAGUAUUCGAGCAAGGAUGGAGUUCAAUGAUUGAGAAAUAUGCAUUGCACGACAACGAUUGGUUGUCAGGACUAUACACACAGAGAGCUCGUUGGGUGCCAUGUUUCUUGAAAACUAGUUUUUGGGCAGCGAUGUCAACAACCCAACGGAGUGAGAGCAUGAAUGCAUUUUUCGAUGGUUAUGUACACUCAAAAACUUCAUUGAAUCAAUUUGUUGAACAAUAUGAGUGGGCAAUGAGGGCUAAAGUUGAAAAGGAGUUUCAAGCCGACGUUAAGUCAUUUUCUCAGAUGGUGCCAUGCGCAUCGAGAUAUCCCAUGGAGAAACAAUUUCAAGAAAUGUACACAAUCACAAAAUUCAAGAAGUUUCAGGAUGAGUUCACAGGAAAGAUGUAUUGUGAGGUUGUGUCUAUCGAAGAGAUAGAAGAGGGAUUGCUGGGUAUGAGGUACGAGGUGCGGGAAGAUAUCAUAUUUGAUGAAAAAUUCAAGGAGAAAAAAUUUUCAGUUCUUAUUGACAAAGAGAAAGCCAAUUUUGUUUGUACUUGUUACAUGUUCGAGUUCAAGGGAAUAAUUUGCAGACAUAUUGUCACAGUUUUGAUUCGAAGUGGUAUCAGAUCACUUCCUGACAAGUAUAUCUUUAGGCGAUGGAGGAAAGAUGUUGCAGAUGACGAAGAUCAUACCAAGGCAACUAUAGAGUGGAUGGAAUCUCAAUUGACUGUAUUGAGCAUAUCUAAAACGAAGCCAAGUUGUGGUAGCAAUAUACAUGUUGAAGACAGUGUGCAAGAACAAGUUCCUGAUCCUGGACAGGCCGUUACAGCUUCAAGCGAGCAAAUUUUUGAUCCAAAAUGCUCGCAGACAAAGGGAGCCCCUAGGAAGCUUCGUAAGAAGGGCCCAUUGGAAAUGAGUUCCAAGAAAGCGAAGAAGGGUCCAAUGGAAACGAGUUCCAAGAAAGCGAAGGUGGGAUCCUCAAAAGUAAACCAAGGCAAUUCCCCCAUGCAAAACAUUAUUGAAUACAGUCAAGCAUUCAGUGAAGGUUUUACACAAGAAGCACCAUAUCACGCUAUGACAUCGAUCUCGCACUCACAAUUAAUGGUAAAAGCCGAAACAAUGGCAGAGACUGGGGAUCAAGAUCGUUGA